GAGUUUGAGCAAUUGUUAAAUUAUGCCGAUCUGCCUCAGAAAGUUGAAAAUGAAAAAUUACCAUUUGUACAGAGUCUGUUACAGUUUGCAUUGAAAUCAGAUAUGCGGUGGUUUACUUGAGGGAAUCUUUCUAGCUGAUAUGCAUAGAAGGGUGUCUAACUCUAACAUUUUGGAUAUGGCCUUUUCCCCCUUCAGUUUACCAUGUUGCCUCGUUACAUAGGAUAUCUUAUUCUUUCUGAUAUAUAUAAUAAAUUGUUAUAUUCAAAAUCAAUGAUUCUCUUGAUAUUCAUUAUACUGAGAAAAUUGGCUGUUAAUCUUAAGCAAAAAGGGUAUUUAGAGUGUUUCUGAUUCUAAACUUGAAACCUACUAAAGAGGGGUUAACCUUUCAACCAGAGAGAAAAUGACCAUCAAGAGUGAACUUUGAAUUAAUUCAUCCAACUGAGUCCAAACCUUGUGGCUGAUCAAGGAGUCGGACAGAUAUCAUUGUUUUUACUCAUUUACUGAAUAUAAUCUAGCUUCCAACAUGGGAAACUCUUCAUUCUUAAGUUUUAGUCCUUUUCAGUUCUGCUGCAAUUUAUUGAACUAUGUUGGUUGUUUGACUCCUUUGAAUUCAUUGUGCAGUAUGAAAGCAGUAGUUUAUUUAUAAUAAACAUAAUGGAGCCAGUCCUGCAAAUAUACACGGAAAGAGCAAGAUUACAUGUUCCUGAUAACAGUGACCUCACUGUGAUUGAAGAUAAACUUGCUUGGAUUGUUCAUAUCAUUGCUGCAAUUCUUAAGAUAAAACAGUGUACUGGUUGUAGUGUUGAGUCCCAGGAAGUACUUGAUGCUGAACUUUCAGCUCGAGUUUUACAGUUAAUUAAUGUAACUGACAGCGGAAUACACAGUCAGAGGUAUGUUGAGAUUAGCAAACAAAGACUAGAUAGGGCAAUUCUUACUUUCUUUCAGCAUUUCCGAAAGUCUUAUGUAGGAGACCAGGCUAUUCACUCUUCCAAGCAGUUAUAUGCCCGGUUAUCUGAACUUCUUGGCCUACACGAUCAUCUAUUGCUGUUGAAUGUGAUUAUUGGCAAGAUUGUGACUAACCUUAAGUGCUACACAGAGAGUGAAGAGGUCAUUGAUCACACCUUGAGUUUGUUUUUGGAACUUGCAUCUGGCUACAUGACUGGAAAGCUACUUCUGAAGUUGGAUGCAGUGAAAUUUAUUGUUGCCAAUCAUACGAGGGAGCAUUUUCCAUUUUUGGAAGCAAAGAGAUGCACUCGCAGCAGAACGACUUUCUAUUACACUAUUGGCUGGUUGAUAUUCAUGGAGGAUAGCCCUGUGAAAUUUAAAUCUUCAAUGGAUCCACUCCAGCAGGUUUUUCUCAGUUUGGAAUCAACUCCUGAUUCAGUAUUUCGAGCUGAUGCUGUAAGGUAUGCACUUGUUGGUUUGAUGAGGGACCUUCGAGGAAUUGCAAUGGCUACAAACAGCCGUCGAACGUAUGGAUUUCUAUUUGAUUGGUUGUAUCCUGCACACAUGCCUCUACUCUUAAAAGGCAUCUCGCAUUGGACAGAUACCCCUGAGGUUACAACCCCAUUGUUAAAAUUCAUGGCUGAGUUUGUGCUAAAUAAAGCUCAACGCUUGACAUUUGACUCUUCUUCUCCAAAUGGCAUACUUCUAUUCCGGGAAGUCAGUAAACUGAUUGUUGCUUAUGGAUCUAGAAUUCUGUCUCUUCCAAAUGCUGCUGAUAUUUAUACGUACAAGUACAAAGGAAUAUGGAUUUGUUUAACAAUACUGUCAAGAGCUCUUUCAGGAAAUUAUGUCAACUUUGGUGUGUUUGAACUAUAUGGUGACAGAGCUUUAUCUGAUGCUCUUGAUGCUGCUCUAAAGAUGACACUCUCAAUUCCUAUGUCUGAUAUAUUGGCUUAUAGGAAGCUAACAAGGGCUUAUUUUGCAUUCCUGGAGGUUUUGUUCAACAGCCACAUCACUUUUGUAUUAAACUUGGACACAAACACCUUUAUGCAUAUGGUUGGCUCCCUUGAAUCUGGACUUAAAGGGUUGGAUACAAGUAUCUCAUCACAGUGUGCAUCUGCUGUUGAUAAUUUGGCUGCUUUCUAUUUUAACAACAUCACUAUGGGGGAGGCUCCAAAUUUACUUGCAUCUGUCAAUCUUGUUCGGCAUAUCACAGAGUGUCCCAAUCUGUUUCCAGAAAUUUUGAAGACCUUAUUUGAGAUCAUAUUGUUUGAAGACUGUGGCAACCAAUGGAGUCUGAGUAGGCCAAUGUUGAGCCUGAUACUCAUUAAUGAGCAGAUAUUCUCAGAUCUGAAAGCUCAAAUCUUGUCAUCACAGCCAAUGGAUCAGCAUCAGCGGCUCUCUUCAUGCUUCGAUAAGCUCAUGGCAGAUGUUACUCUAAGCAUAGAUUCAAAAAAUAGGGAUAAAUUCACGCAAAAUCUCACCAUAUUUCGGCAUGAAUUCCGUGCCAAAUAAUUCAAAUUUAUACCAGUAAAUAUGAGAAUGUUUAGUGUCUGUAUAUUGUCUGUUUGGAGAAUCUGCUGCCCUCUGUUCUGGUGGCACCUUGCAACCCUAUCAUGGAAGAAAGACCCACUUUAUGUGAUUUCUUCAUCUUGGUUGGUUUACAUGUAAGAAAUGUAUUCUUUGUAAUUACUGUUCAUGCAGUGUGGAAGAUCAGGUGUAUACUUGUGGUGGUACCGGAUAACUCUGUAUAAUCAGAUUUGGAUGAUUCAAACAAAGUUCAAAGAUGAUGGAGAAAUUUUGAAGAUGUAAGUGGUCAGGACAGAAAAGGGUCGUGGACGAGAAAAACUAGUGGAUGGAUUAAACGGGAACCACCUUAAAUGUAGAUUGAUUGGGUUAGAUAUAUUCUUUUUAGAACUCAUGUAUAUUAUUAUCUCGAUGAUAUUUGUUUAGAAACAUACUAGAUAUUACUUGAUAUUUUUAUAUUAUUGAUUUCUUUGUAUUGUACCCCUCUGGUCAAAACCAGAAGAAAAAAUGUGUUUAGAUGGUGAUAGAAUCAUAGAAGAGAAAGGCUCAUUUUCUUUUCUCAAUCUUUUGAAA